ACCAGCUGGUCAGAGACGCUCCAGCCUGCACACGAUGAAGACUACUCUGCUGUUCCUCUUGCUGAGGCUCUACUUCACGUCUGCUCAAAGUCGUGCCACUCUGAUCGUCUCGCCCAGCAGCUCACAGUUUUUCGAGUACAACAGCGUCUCUUUGAUCUGUGAUCAUUCCAGCUCUGAUGAAUGGACGGUGUGGAGAUACACGAGUCGUACUAAACUAGAGUUGUCCAGCUGCAACUCGGGCUGGGGCAACCCGACGCCGUCCCGCUGCGAUAUCAAGGCCAUCAAACCGUUGGACAGCGGCAUGUACUGGUGUGAAUCAAAAUACAGAGACAGCAGCAACAUGGUCAACAUCACCGUCAUCACUGAUAAAGGUGUGAUCCUGCAAUCUCCAGCCGGCCUGGUGACGGAGGGAGAUAACAUCACUCUGAACUGUAAAGAACAGAACACCAACAAUCUCCAGGCUGAGUUCUAUAGGAACAACUUCUCCCUCAGUACCAAGCCUGAAGGUAACAUGACCAUCCACCAAGUGUCCAAGUCCAAUGAAGGAGAGUACAAAUGUCGCAUGAGUGAAAACAAGUCCUCACCCAGCUGGCUGCUGAUAGAAGAUGGUUUAGACCCGGCAGUGCUCACCGUGUCUCCAGACUCGUCUCAGACUUUUGAGUACAAAAUUCUGAAUCUGAGCUGCAGGCACGACCGCAGCUCUCACGGCUGGAGGAUCGCCAGGGUCACCUUGGAUCACAAGCUGUCCCACUGUGGAGUCGGCUGGGGGACACCCAGCUCCUCGGGCUGCUUCAUCCAAACCGCCAAGAAGACCGACAGCGCAGUGUACUGGUGUGAGUCUGCUACGAGGCAACGGAGCAACUCUGUCAACUUUACCGUACACCAUGGAAACGUGACCCUGCAGACGCCGCUCCGCCCGCUGACGGAGGGAGAUAACGUCACUCUGCUCUGUAAAACCAAGACGUCCCACACGCUCCCCUGUGACUUCUACAAAGACGGCGCCCACGUUAAGACUGAACCCGCAGGUCACAUGACCAUCCACGGUGUUUCCACGUCCGAUGAAGGCCUGUACUGGUGCCACAUCGCAGGUUACGGAGAGUCUCCGCCCAGCUGGCUGUUCGUCAGAGGUUCAAACAGUUCUCCUUCUCCCUCUGCGCUCACAAUCAUACUGAUACGCCUCCCAGUGGUGGUCGCUCCAUUCGCCAUCUGCACCGUGCUGGCAUUAUUUUCAUGUCGACACACAGGAAGGAACCUGCCCGCCGAGGAUUGUGAGGGAUCGGAACAGCCAUACGAUGAUGUCAUCGCUGAAGUCACCACAGAGCAUCAGUUCUAAUAUCGAAAUGAUAUUUAUUGAAGUGUCAUGAUUAGUGAACAUGUGUGUUUAUUAGUAAAGUGACGGAGAUGCUGAAUAAAUAUCUUAAAGGUGUUUUUGUUUGGGGUUCUGGUAACGCAGUGGUUAGUGUGCGCGCCCCACGUAUGGAGGCUGUAGUCCUCCA